AUGCCAGUACUUCAGACGUGCAACCGGUACCGAAAAAUAUUACAUUCUUCUCCAGUCUAUUUUGACUCAAAUGAAUUACUUCAUACUGAAUUAUCACCACAACUUAAAUGGUGUGUAAAAAAUCCAUUUUUAAACGAUUAUAAUCAAAAAGAAGUGUAUGAUAUAGAAUUAAAAUGGUUUGAAUGGAAAGAAAAUGAAAUGACAAGAACAUACGACGUUCUACUGGAAUAUGCACAAUCUGAUGGAACAGCUGUUCAUCUAAUCACGAAAUUAUUCUAUCCAAUAAACAUGUCUCUUACAUGUCCAAACAACGAAUUAAAACGAUACGGCUCUUCACUUGAUACCGGAAAAUUACUUUGCGAUAUAAAGCAAUUGAAGAAUGACAGUUGUAUUAUUUACAGUUUAGGAUCAAAUAAUGAAUUUGAUUUUGAAAAAAGUCUAGCAGAACAAACACAUUGUCAAAUAUACACGUUUGAUUGUACAAGUUUACCACCAAAAAUUCCAAUUCAUCGAUUAACUUUUAAAAAAAUCUGUUUAGAAAAUGGUAUACAACAAUAUAUGUAUCCGAAUCAAUCUUCUCUUGGGACAAAACCUUCUAAACGUUUUGAGCAAAUAUUAUUGGAUAAUAAACAUGAAAUGUUACAUGUAUUGAAAAUGGAUAUUGAAGCUAGUGAAUAUUCAGUAUUUGCUGAUUUAUUCAAGAAUAAAAUUUUUCCAUAUCAAAUAGCAUUUGAAUCGCAUUGGUGGCAUCGUGAUAUUUAUCAUGCAAUGUUACAACAACAAGUAUUCAACCAAUUAUGGAAAACUGGUUAUCGUUUCUUACAAUACGCACAUAAUCCAGGCGAUCAGGCAUGUGUCGAAUGGACACUGAUACGACUUUACUGUUGA